UCGCACUGCAUUGUGAAAAAUGUAUCCCAUGGCAAUGUGCAACAGACACAUCAUGAUUUUACCUCAUAUUCUAUUACUUUGUCCGAAUGCCAACAUACUUAUACUGUAUAUCAACUAAAGUCGAUAUGAUUUUGUACCAUGCACUUCUAUCUAUUUAUAAUUAAUUAACAUCCUGUCCGUGACGUGCCGUGGCCCUGCAUUUAUUUAUUUUUUAAUUAAACUUCCUUGUCCAUUUUGUAUGAUGGUCACCAUGAUGAUUUCAAUAUAUCUCCUGUUGAUUAUUUGUAUAUUUUCCUAUGCGUACGAAAACAUUGCCCUCAACAAACCGGCAUGGCAACUUCAUCAAUAUGGAGAGGACGCCAAAUCCGAUGCGAGUAAUGCUGUAGAUGGACUCAAAUCUGACCUUCGGGCCUGGGGAGGACAUUGUGUCGUAUCGGAUAAUAAUCAACAUAUAGCCACAUGGAGAGUGGACUUAGAGGACAUCCUCAGUAUACAUCACAUUACCAUUCAUUACAGGACGGACAAUGCUACAUGGGGUGAAGAAAAUGACUAUUCUAGAAGAUUUUUGGGGUUUUCGUUAUAUGUAUCAAACACAACCGACAGAACAGAGGGAGAAUUGUGUUUCCACGACACAAACUACACAACAUCCACCAUACCUGCCGUCCUUAAUGUCAGCUGUGCAGUUCACGGACAAUAUGCCAUCUACUACAACGAAAGGCUACAAGGAGUGAACUACACUGAUGGUUAUAGUGCCUAUGCAUUUAAUGAACUCUGUGAAGUAGAAGUUUAUGGGUGUCCCAGUUCUGGGUUUUACGGAGAAGACUGUUCCUUUCCGUGUCCAGAUGUCAACUGUAAAUAUUGUCACAUAGAGACGGGGGCGUGUCAGGGGUGUAAAUCUGGAUACAAAGGUCACCGAUGUGAACAAGAAUGUGACGCCAAAAAGUAUGGUGAAGGUUGCCAGUAUGAAUGUGGGAAAUGUAAAGACAUGGAACAGUGUCAUCAUGAAAACGGGACGUGUUUAAACGGAUGUGAGCCAGGUUUCAGGGGAGGAAAAUGUGUAGAACAAUGUGACAGUCGUAAAUAUGGCGUGAAAUGCCAACAGAGUUGUGGAUACUGUUUAAAUUUCGAACAGUGUCAUCAUAUCAAUGGGACAUGUUUGAAUGGAUGUGAUCCGGGACACCAGGGAUUGACCUGUAACGAAAGAUGUCGAGUUGGGUUUUAUGGAAUGAAUUGCCUAAAAAGAUGCAAUAAAAACUGUGUAGUUCCAGAACGAUGUAACAUAACAUCCGGCGAAUGUGUGGGAGGCUGCCAACCUAGAUGGAGAGGGAUUCUGUGUGAUACAAAGUGCAGUGAUGAUUUGUACGGACCAGACUGUAAUCAAACAUGUGGUAAAUGUCGGGAGGGGAACCAAUGUCAUCACAUCAACGGUUCCUGUAAUGACGGAUGUGAACCUGGAUACCGGGGAAACAAAUGUGAUGAGGUGUGUAGUGAUAAUAUGUACGGGCCGGACUGUAAACAAGCAUGCGGGAAAUGUCGGGACGGCCAGCAGUGUCAUCACAUCAGCGGUUCAUGCAAUGCUGAAUGCGAACCUGGAUAUCAGGGGAACAAAUGUGAUGACGUAUGCGACUUUGGUCAUUUUGGUGUUAGUUGCCGAGAGGAAUGCAGCAUAUUCUGUCAGAGAUCACGUGAUUGUCAUCAUACGACAGGCAAUUGUAGAGACGUAAAACAUUGUCAUCAUAUAAACGGCACAUGUUUAAACGGAUGUGAACCAGGUUUCAAGGACGGAAAAUGUCUACAACAAUGUGACAGUCGCAAAUAUGGCGUGAAAUGUCAACAAAGUUGUGGAUACUGUUUAAAUUUCGAACAGUGCCAUCAUAUUAAUGGGACAUGUUUAAAUGGAUGCGACCCGGGUUACCAGGGACUAACCUGUAACGAAACAUGUCGAGUUGGGUUUUAUGGAGAUAAUUGCCUAAAGAGAUGCAACAACAACUGUGUAGUUCCAGAACGAUGUAACAAAACAUCCGGGGAAUGUGAGGGAGGCUGCCAACCAGGAUGGAGAGGGCUUCUGUGUGACACAAAGUGCAGUGAUGAUCUCUACGGACCAUAUUGUAAUAAAAAAUGUGGUAAAUGCCGGGACGGGAAACCGUGUCAUCAUAUCAACGGUUCCUGUAAUGACGAAUGUGGACCUGGAUACCGGGGCAACAAAUGUGAUAAGGAGUGUGGUGAUAAUAUGUACGGACCAGACUGUAAACAAACAUGCGGGAAAUGUCGGGACGGCAAGCAGUGUCAUCAUAUCAGUGGUUCAUGUAAUGAUGAAUGCGAACCUGGAUAUCAGGGGAACACAUGUGAUGACGUAUGCGACUUUGGUCAUUUUGGUGUUAGUUGCCGAGAGGAAUGCAGCAUAUUCUGUCAGAAAUCACGUGAAUGUAAUCAUUUGACAGGCAAUUGUAGAGACAUGAAACGGUGUCAUCAUAUAAACGGCACAUGUUUAAACGGAUGUGAACCAGGUUUCAAGGACGGAAAAUGUCUACAACAGUGUAGCGAUGAUCUGUAUGGGCCGGACUGUAAACAAGCAUGCGGAAAAUGUCGGGGCGGCAAGCAGUGUCAUCACAUCAGCGGUUCAUGUAAUGAUGAAUGCGAACCUGGAUACCAGGGGAAGAAAUGUGAUGACGUAUGCGACUUUGGACAUUUUGGUGUUAGUUGCCGAGAGGAAUGCAGCAUAUUCUGUCAGAAAUCACGUGAUUGUCAUCAUGUGACGGGCAAUUGCAGAGGUGGCUGCAAAAGUGGAUGGCAUGGAAAGGAUUGUUUAGAAGUGGACAAUCAAGUACAGAAAAUAACGUUUUACGGAGUCCUUGGUGCCUUCUUUGUUACACCUGUUCUAGUUGGUGUGCUAGUAUGUGUUCUUUAUAAAAUCUCGAAACGACACCAAGUGGAUAGAUAUUUCAUUGAGAAAUACCAAGCAAGUCACACCCCUAGUUCCAGAAGAGACAGGAGGACUGAAGACCAUGGGGAGGAGGACAUCAACAGUGCAUAUCAAGAAGUAGGAGAACGGGGUAUAUCACUCUAUGACUCCAUUCAUUAAACAGCUGUU